UAAUCUUUCCCACAGUGGAGGUAUUUGCCCGGUUCCUUCCCCUACCUCGGCCUUCCUGACCUCUUCGCCAUUUUUAUUUCAACUGCAUUGGUUUAAAAAACCAGCGGAUCGAUCACUUCAUUGCCACUCAAGGCCAAGAAAGCGAAACCUCAACUGAAUCGAAGAAUGUGCGUUGGGAUUACCAAUCGCAUUGCUCGUCGAUCCCUUCGCAUUGGAGGAAGGAAGGGAACAAUGAACCAGAUCAAUAGCAGGAGUGCAAGUAGACGUAACUGAGGACUGCUUUCUCAAUUACUGUACUAGUCUCUUUUCUUUCGGAAUUGAGGCAAACGAUGCAAAUCCAAGAGCGUGGCACCGCCGACGGGGCCGCUAAUAUCUCAAAACCCUUUCCCCGUCCUCUCACCUAUCUGGACUCCCCAAUCCGCGGCAAGAAGAGCCGAGAUCUCUCAUUCGCUUCCUCGCCUUCCUCCUGCAACACGUACAAGCUGUUCGCCCUCUUUAUCCUCAUCGCCUCCAUUGCUGCCCUCUUUUUCCUUCGAGGUACUAGUGAUGGAGCCGCUCUUCUUUGCCUUGACAACCGCCCGGCUCGUUCCCUCCCCGCAACCAUCACUUAUCCCGAUAUCUCCUGGUCCACCGUCCCCGCAAUCCACGCCGUCGACCCGGCCGCCGUCGCUCCCUUUGCCUCCUUUCGCUCAGAACGAUGGAUCGUCGUCUCAGUGUCCGCUCCUCCCACAGAUUCACUCCGCCUCCUAGUUAAAACCCGAGGCUGGCAACUUCUCGCCGUCGGUAACUCCCAUACACCGGUCGACUGGUCCCUCAAAGGUGCUAUCUUUCUCUCCCUGGAUCUCCAGUCUCGCCUCGGCUUCCGCACCGUCGACUUCCUCCCUUAUGCCUCGUAUGUCCGCAAAUCCAUCGGGUAUCUCUUCGCCAUCCAGCAUGGCGCGAAGAUCAUCUAUGAUGCCGACGACCGGUCCGACAUCCUUGGCGGGGACCUCUCCAAGCAUUUCGACCUCGACCUUGGUGCAGCCGCCGGUGCUGCUUCCGGUUACCCUGUCCUUCUCCAAUACAGCCGCACUGCUGACAACAACCGAACUAUCGUAAACCCCUACGUGCACUUUGGCCAACGUUCGGUGUGGCCGAGGGGCCUUCCACUAGAGAGCGUUAAGGAGGUCAGCCACGAGGAGUUCUACUCGGAGAUCCGUGGCGGUGGGCAAUUUAUCCAACAAGGGCUCUCUAAUGGUCUCCCUGACGUCGACUCCAUCUUCUACUUCACACGAAAGUCGUCACGGUCGGAGCCUUACGACAUUCUUUUCGACGAGGAUGCUCCCAAGGUUGCAUUGCCACAGGGCUUAAUGGUUCCUGUUAAUUCCUUCAACACCAUCUUCCACUCCCAGGCUUUCUGGAGCCUCAUGCUCCCUGUCUCGGUGAGCUCCAUGGCGUCUGAUGUAAUCAGGGGUUAUUUUGCGCAGAGGAUUAUGUGGGAAAUUGGAGGCUAUGUGGCAGUCUAUCCACCUACUAUUCACAGGCAGGACAAGGCGGAGGCAUACCCAUUUUCAGAGGAGAAGGAUCUUCAUGUCAAUGUUGCUAGGCUGAUUAAAUUUUUGGUCUCUUGGAGAUCAGCCAAGCCAACUAUUUUUGAUAGAAUUUUGGACUUGAGCUAUGCUAUGGCAAACGAGGGUUUUUGGGCAGAGAAGGAUAUGUUGCUCACAGCUGCCUGGCUUCAGGAUUUGAUUUCUAUUGGGUAUCAACAACCAAGGAUGAUUUCGCCGGAGCUGAACCAGGUGAAGGAGGCCAGCAGGCUAGGAGAUCGGAGGGAGUUUGUACCUAGGAAAAUUUCUUCGAUCCAUCUUGGUGUAGAUGAAUCUGGCAGUGUGAAUUAUGAGAUUGGGAAUCUCAUACGGUGGAGGAGGAGCUUCGGGAAUGUGGUGCUCAUUAUGCACUGCAGUGGUCCUGUGGAGCGCACAGCUCUUGAAUGGAGGUUGCUGUAUGGGAGGAUUUUUAAGACUGUAGUCAUUCUGUCAGAACACAAUAGCACUGAUUUGGCUGUAGAAUAUGGAGAGCUAUCAAUAGUUUACAAGCACCUUCCUAGGGUAUUUGCACAAUUUGAUAAUGCUGAAGGCUUCCUGUUCCUUCAGGAUAGCAUGGUUCUUAAUUAUUGGAACCUUCUGCAGGCUGACAAGGCCAGGCUUUGGAUUACUAACAAGGUCCCGCAAUCUUGGGUAUCGGUCUCCAUUGAUAGUAAGAGCUCAAAAUGGUUUGUGGAGCAAGCGGCCAUGGUGAAGAAGGUUGUGGACACUCUACCUGUGCACCUUCAGGUUAGUUACAAAGAGGGCACGAAUGAAGAUAAACUCAUUAUCUGCAGCAGUGAGGUUUUCUAUGUUCCUCGUCACUUCGUCAAUGACUUUGUGGACCUAGUGGGACUUGUGGGAGACCUAAAUAUACAUCACAAGGUUGCGGUACCAUUGUUUUUCUUAGCUAUGGAUUCUCAACAGAAUUUUGAUUCAGAUGCCCUUGCCAGAAUUGUUUAUCAGACAACAUUACCAUCCAAUGGCUCUUCCUUUAGUUAUUAUACAGCCAAAGCAUCUGCUGUGUACCCUUUGAAGGUGCUAAAUGAGCCAGAUUUUGUAAAGCUCGUACAAGUCAUGGCUUCAGGUGACCCUCUUCUGAUGGAAUUGGUAUGAUUGGCUGAGGAAUUUUUUGCAUUGUACACUCUUUGGAGUUCGAUAGUGAUUAAACAACUCCCUUUUUUGUGCGUGUUUAAGCUGUUUUGAUUUAAGUUUUUAGAAAUUUCCUUGUUAUUAUAUAGAGUUUGUUUAGGACGGCUUUCUUAUUGCUUUUUAAAGCUGUUUUCUUAUAUAAAAAUUUUAAUUUUGUAUAAAAAAGCUGCUUUAAGAAGCAGUAAGAAAGCUGUCCCAAACAAAACCUUAGUCUGCUUCCAUGUAACUUGUAAAAUUCUCGUAUGCAUAGGCAUAUGUAUUUUCACUUUUAGUUAUAUCAAUCAAAUUUUACAGAGCGCAUAA